AUGAGAAUUUUCCGAGUACGACAAGCGGAUGAUGGCUUCUUUCGACAUUCCGAAUGGGUGCGUCGUAUUGGAUUACCUUCUUCAGUCUCAUUAGUUAGCAUCAUUUCCAUACCUCUGUUGGUCUUUGUAAUAUUACCGGCAACUCUUUUUUCUCUAUCGGGGCCAUCAACUUUAAUUUCAUUAAUUAUAGCAUUCUUGAUUGUUUUUCUUACGGCCAACCAUUUAUCAGAAUUGGCAUGUGCUGUCCCUAAAAAUGGCGUUGUUUAUCAUUUUUCAUUCGCGUCAAUCGGAGAAUUACCAGCUUACACAAUAGCUUGGAUUUCCUUUCUAGAUUCAAUUUGUGUCUCCAAUCUCUUAAUAUCUGCUUGGAGCCAACAUCUUAAUUUAUUGUUCCGAAAAGGAAUUCAUGUAGUAACAUCAUUGGAGUUAGUGCACAAAGACUCAGAGAACUGGCUACUUACCCCUCAAUACGAUCUUCUCGCUGUCCUUUCAGUCGUUGUUUCUCUUUUCAUUUUGUGCUGUAGUUUGAAGGUUAUGGGAACAAUUUCUAUUUGUUUCCUUUCUGUAACAAUCCUCAUAAUUGCUAGUUGCGGGAUGGUUGCUUUUUUUCAUGCUGAUCCACAAAAUUGGAUUGAUGCACCAUUCUUCACUCAUGGUUAUGUUGGAGUUUUGAAAGGAGUUUGUGCUUUAUUGGUUGCGUUUUGUGGGGUUGAGAACACAAGUUAUCUGCUGGAAGAAACUAAGAAUCCCAGGGGACGAACACCCUCAUUGACAUCCGUUUUAACAGUGUUACUAGGGAUUGUCUUUUUCUUCAUCAUUAUGAUAUUCAGUUUGGCGACUAAUGUAGCUCUGGUACCAAGUUCGACUCUAAUUCCUGAGAUCUUCACCGUUAUGAACAUUCCAGCUGCUAGAUAUAUGUUGACAGUUGCCUCUGUGUGUGGUUUAUCUGGAGCUGUUCUAUCGUCUUUUCUUCCAGGAUCUAGAAUUCUUGCGGUACUGGCUGCAGAUGGUUUACUACCGUUCCCAUCAGAUUCUUCGCUGCGUUCACCUAUCAUAUCCAUCUUCUUCUUUUCAAUUUUUGUUUCGUUUUCACUUUUGGUCAAAACAGAAGUAACAUUUGGAAUAGUGUCUUUCACAACACCAAUAAAGUAUCUGAUCAUAUGUUCUUUAACCUAUAUUCAUCAUUACACACCGGAGCCAGUGGGUAUUCCUCAUGAGACAAGUCAAUACAGGAAACUAGCAAAACGUACGCGAUAUCUCUCAGAUACAGGAUCCAUUGUCAGCGCUGCUCUAGAAGAUAGCCAAUAUUCUAUGGACACUGCUGUUUUCGUACAAAUGAACAUAGCUCAUAUGGAACAGCGACGUCUCCAACGGCAGCUUGAGCAGGAACAAAAAGAAGAGCUUGAAAAACAACCAGUUUUAGGAAAGUCUGUUUCUCAAUAUCAGUCUUUGAGCAACCCGAAAGAAUACUCGAUGGAAAAUGAUAGUCACAACUGCAUUGCCCAUGGUUGUUCACCACCUAAUACAGAUGACGAAUCGAUAGGAAAUUCUCAUUUGUAUCAUCGUGAGGUUCCAGAAAUUCCGUACUGUUCAUCAUUUAAUGGUUCGCAUCGCGUUUCCACACCGAUAGAUAUGAACUCCGAAUAUAGAAAAGCUAAAGCUAUCUUUUUGCUCUUUCUUGUGUCGUCUUUCGUUUUUUGCUUUCUUCUUACCCAUAUUGCCAAACACGGGAUUUCUUCCUACGUUCUUCUCUCAGUACUGUUAAGUCUUUGUUCAGUGUGUUUCGCGACAAUACAUCAUGUUCCCACUAAUGAUUAUAUUUUCCGUCGUAAGUGGAAGACUCCUCUUUUUCCUCAUGCGACUUUGUUACUAAUAUUCAGUAUUAUAUGGGCAGUAUCAUCAACAUCAUUCACUGUCAUAGUGUAUAGCUUUGUAUGGCUUGUUUGUGGCUGGGUUCUCUACUUUUGCUAUGGAUUCUGGUUUAGUGUUGAACAGUAUAAUCGAGGGAGGAAACAACCGUCUGAAGACACUGAAGCUUAUCGAGCAAUCAUUGGUGAAGACGUGGCCUCUGAAGCAGUUUAA